UAAUUAGAAAUGAAAUAAAAUCUACUGCUUUACUGGAAUUGUGAUUUUCUGUGAGAAGAAGUUUCAAGUCGACCAACAUUUAAAAACUGCUACUCAUAAGUUGAAGCUAAAAAAGAUUGAAUUAGGACCCGUUCAGCAGUCCAUUCAUACAUCUCUUCAAAAUGUUCAAGAUCAAGAUGAAUAAAAAAAAAAGAAAAACGUUUGUUUAAUCAAGACCUGUGUAAAGCUUUGUUGGCAGCAAACAUUCCGUUAAAAAAAUUACAAAAUAUACAUUUUAGGCAAUUUUUGCAAAAAUAUUGUAACUUCAAUAUUCCUAACGAGGCAACGCUAAGAAAGGGCAAUGUGAAUGCAUUGUAUGAUGGAGUAAUUGAGGAAAUUCAAGUUUCUUUAAGCGAUAAUUGUCGAUGAAAGUAUAGAUGCAUGUGGUCGAUAUAUGGUGCAUCUUAUAAUCGGCGCCUUAAAAGAGGAUGAACCAGGGAAACCUUAUUUAAUAGCUGCAGAACAACUGGAGAAAACCAAUAAUGUGACUGUAAGCCGUUUCAUUCAGCAAACACUCUCUGCUUUCUUUUUGCCAACAGAAAUAAAAAGUGAACAUUUUUUAAUAUUUUUAUCAGAUGCCGCUCCGUAUAUGGUAAAGGUAGAACAAAAUUUGAAAAUAUUUUACCCAAAUAUGGUACACGUCACUUGUCUUCUACCUGGCAUAAACAGAAUAGCAGAAGUUCUUAGAGGUGAAUUUGAUUUAGUCAAUAAAUUAAUUUCAAACGUUAAAAAAGUAUUUUUGAAAGCACCUUUACGUGUGCAAAUGUAUAAAGAAAAAUUACCAGGUGUAAACUUGCCUCCAGAGCCCGUAAUUACAAGAUGGGGAACAUGGAUUAAAGCAGCAAUUUUCUACGCAAAUCAUUUUGAUGCCAUAAAAGACGUUGUUUUAGAUAUUCAAAAUGACUCGCAGUGUGUAACUGAAAGUCAAGAACUUUUAAGUAACGUACAAAUUGCUAAAGAACUUAUGUUCAUAAAAGUUAAUUUUAGUUUUUUACCAGAUCUAAUAAAGUCAUUAGAACAAAGGAAUUUACAAUUAAGUGAUUCGGGUAAUCUUGUUAACACUUUUUCUGCUCAUUGUCAAAAAAUUCCCGGAAAUACAGGGAUUACAAUUAGAAAUAAAUUAAAAAAUGUUUUAGAAAAAAAUGAGGGCUUCGAUUGUUUGAGGAAAGUUGUUAGUAUUUUUGAAGGCAACUUUUCUGAAGAUCUUACGACUUGGCAAAUUAGUUUACUGCCUAAAUUAAAAUAUUGUCUUAUAACAUCAGUAGAUGUAGAACGAACUUUUUCUGUGUCCACACACGUUUUUAGUGAUAGAAGGCAAAAGUUGCUAGUUGAAAAUUUUGAAAAAUAUUUGAUUAUAAAUUCAUACUAUAAUUUAGAUUCUUAAUUUAAUUAUAAUAUCAGUUUUUGUGUGUCAUUUCAUUUGUUUUUAUGUGAAAAAUAAAUAUGUAUUAAACAUAAA